AUCAACUAGAAAGUCUGCUUUUUUCAUCUAUUUAAAUCCAACCCAUUUCACAAAUCGUUAAGAAAAAUUCUGGGUACUCGUUAAUUCUCCAGGAAAAAGCAUCAGUAAAUCCAGGGUGCAUGAAAAAACGGAUCAAGAUUAUGUUUUUCGAUGACGAACAUCAUCAAGAACGUUGCUCGACACCAAAGCUUCCUCUGUACUCGCUCCCGAUGACGAACAGAGCAACCGAGACGCCGGGGUUAGCCACGCCUCCGGUGAACAUCGCCGGCACGGUGCCGUUCCUGUGGGAGGAGGCGCCAGGGAAGCCUCGGGCUCGCUCCGGCGAUGACGUCACGGCCGCCGUGAGCAAAGGAUCUGGGAAGAAGCAAAACGGCGUCGUCCGGAGCCUGGAGCUUCCUCCGAGGAUGUCGGAUGCUGCCGGGAAGAUGGCGGGGAACGAUCCUUCUCCGACCACCGUCCUACACGGUCCGUACGCCGUGCGGCGCCGGUCUCGGUCGCUGAAGAAGGGAGGAGUGAAAUUGGUGAAGGAGAACAGCGGCUUCUUUGGGUCCACGAGGUGCGGUAGCUCGGCGAAAUUUAAGGAGGUUGUCGAGGGCAAACUCGACAUUUCACGUUUCACGGUGGCUAGUUGCGCCGGCGGCGGCGGCGGCAAGAAGGUGAAGAUAAGCAGAGUUAGAAGGAAAAGGAAUCUCCUGAAUCUGAAUCUUUCAUAUUCUAAGUCACAUUUCUGGGAAAGGGUAUACGAAAGGUUUAAGCAAUUGAUUCCAUGGAGGCGUCGGCAUUAGAAUCUCGCAAGGAUGAGCUCUUCAACUACAUUUAAUCGAAUCUCUCCAUUUUCUUUCUAUACAAUCUAAUUUAACAUUUAUUCCCUCAUUGUAUAUAUACAUAUAUAGAAAAAACUUUGCAUUUUAUCUUA